AUGGACGAAAUUAGCAAAGAUUACUUUGAUUAUAAUGAAUUUCAUGUUUUCAGAAUUAUUUCAAAUGGCUCAAGUGAGAUAAAAUAUGCUUAUAUGAAAACUAAAAAACGACACGUCGUUCUCAAAUUUUUAAAGGAAUAUAAUCAAGCUGAAUAUUUCAAGAAAUUUAAUAAGAAGAAAUUUCAUUCUAUAGUGCUUCAAUAUAGUGGUAAUAAAAACCUUAGGGAACAUUUAAAAGAAGAAUAUGUCUCAAAAAAAGAUCCUGUUAAUUUAACUCCUAUAGAUUACAAAGAACUUUAUUGUGAUUCAUGGAAACCUGAUCCUGAAAAACGACCACCAAUUGACGAGGUCAUUAAUCGUCUCAAAGAUAUUGAGCUUGAUUGUGUAUAUCAAGAUUCUAAUUAUAUUCCAAAAAUUUCUUUGGGGAGUUCUUUUAAGGACAGGAUUCAGUUUACUUCGAAAGAUGUAGCAUGUUUAGAAAUUACUAAAGGGUCUGCUCAAAAUUUAUACAUUUUUCUUCCUCCGGGUGAAAUAUCCAUAGGUAGGGGUAAUUCGAACGAUGUCAUUAUAAAAGACCAGGAAAUUGCUAAAAAUCAUGCAAGAAUUAUUGUAAAUUAUCAAGGGCAAGUCGAAAUUAAUGAAUUAGGUACUGAUUAUGGGAUUUUUGUUAAUGGUGAAAAGCUUGGAUUUCAUAUCUCCCAUCUUUUAAUAAAAGGUGAUAUACUUUCAAUGGAGCGUAGUGAAUUUCAAUACCUUCCCAUUGGAGAGUAUAAAAGCCGGAUGGAUGAACCUUUGUCAAUAUAUAAUAAAGUUUAUUUUUUGAAGAAAUUGGAGAAUGAAUUCAAGAGUGCGAAGGAAAAUAAAUGGGAUCUGAGCUUAUUGUUUUUUGAUUUAGAUCAUUUUAAAAGUAUAAAUAAUCAAAAUAAUCAUAUAGUUGGAGAUUAUGUUUUAAAAGAGUUAGUAAUUUUGAUUCAAAAUAAUCACGUCCGUUCCGUGGAUAUUUUUGCGAGAUAUGGUGGAGACGAGUUUACUAUUCUUCUCAAGGGCACUAAUAUAAGCUCUGCCUCUAAAAUUGCUGAAGAGAUUCGAGAAUCUGCUAAAUCUCAUUCAUUCACUUAUAACAAAAUCAAAUUAUUAAUUACACUUAGCAUUGGAGUUUCCGAAAUGAAUUCGUCAGUAAAUAUGUGUGACGAUUUACUUCUCAACGCUGACAAUGCAUCGAAGAAAGCUAAAGAGUGUGGUCGCAAUCGAGUAGAAAUAUGGAGUAAUGAACAAAAUUUGCCUCCCGUAAGUGAGAAUCGUCUAAGAGAGUCAUUUAGCAAACCUGAGGAUGGAAGCAACCGUAGAGGAUCAACUUCAAAAAUGGAUGUGGGUGACAAAAUUGGCAUCAAGAUAAUUAAAUCGGAAAAUAAAAUACCAGAAUAUGUGCCAUUAUCUAGCAAUAAAACUCUUAAUUUUGUUCGAACUGAACUUGGAAUGGGAACUAAUUGUUAUUUUACAAACAAUAAUGCCCGAAUUCCACGAAAACACGAGUUUGAACUAACCCUUUCGCAAAUUAUCGAUAAUAAUCAUUGUUUAUAUAUUGACAAAGAUAGUACAGAAUUCGAUUUAUUACAAUUAACAAAUGAGAAAGGUUUCAAAUUCGAUGAAGGUGGUUCUAUUGAAUAUGCUGAAGAUGAGGCUUUUAAAAUCGAUAUCAAUAAAAUUACUAAAUUUUGGAAUCCAAGAUGCAAUCGUAGAGACAAGACAUACAAAUGCAAACACUCACCUAAUGCUGAUUGUAAACGUGGCCUUAUAAUUGAUGAAAAAUUUUCGGAUGCUUUGGAAUGGUCUUGUAAUUCGCUGAAAUUAUCUCAAAUUAAUUCUAAACAAUCCACCAUGCAUUCAUGCGUAUGGCGACCAAAAAAAGAAAUUACAAUUUCGGGCAUUAGUGCAACUAAUGAAUUUAUUAAAGAUGCUAAAGCUGUAUUAAAAAAUAACGAAAAGGAUAUAAUAAAGCAACUCCGUAAUUUAUCAGAAAGAUAUGGUCAUUUUUAUGCGCAUCGUCUUAUUUUAGGAGGGGCUAUAGUUAAAAAUAAUUCAGGUGAAUCUCUACAAGAUGAACCUUCAAAUUUAAGCCUCUAA